AUGGCACCUGUUCAAAGCAGCCCAAGAUUGCCUUCAGAGCACAUGGCAUUGAACGAGACUUCUUCUCCCUGUCACCAAGGCAUGACGCCGCCGGAUAGCCCAACGAAGGGGGCAGCUACGUCUCAGACGAUGUUAAAGGACGUGAAGCAUUUCUUUGCUGUGUUCCUUGAAAAGAUGUCCGACCUUGCCAACCAAGAACCUCCAAACACUCCUGUCUCCUGGGACCAGUCCCCAGCAGCCCCCGACAUGAUUCGACUGAAGCAGUUGCUGGUAAAACUCACCAGCGAUGAAUGUGCUUCACUUGGACCCUUCGCGGCAACUGAUCCUGCUCAGUCUGGCCUUGCCAAAAAUGAACAGGAAGAGGUUGCUCAGGCGGUAGAUGAAAUCGAUCUCAAUCGUUCAAUCUGUACUACUCCAGAUGAUUUCAAAUCGUUUGAGAAAUGGGCAUCGGCAUCCCAAUUCAAAACAGUCGUGGAAACUUGGGACAAAGAGGCAUGUAAAUACAAGACAGCCGAGCCGACGGAGACUAGCAUUGGUCUGGACGACUACGCUGAAUAUGCAUUCAUUGUCCGUGAACGUGUUGACCGAACGUCCGAGGAGGUAGUUCCAUUCAUAGACAUCAAGUCGGAAGGCUUACGCGACAUCCUGCGAGACAUGCUGCACGACAUCAAGGCCGUUAGCCUGAUGGAGGACAAGCCAUCGAUCGAGCAAAAUUUCCUUUUUCAUUUCCUCCCAGAGCUCGACAGAUGUGCGGAGAACAUGGAUAGCAGUUCGGACCAUGAGUCGGCACAUGCGAAGCAUCUCCUCUUGCUCAUCGACCACCUCAAGCACACAUAUGCUUCUACUUUGCAGCGUCUCGAAUCAAUGUUGCAGCACGGUCAUAUUACAUAUGACCUUCUCUGGGCGCUUUUCAAGCCUGGUUGCCAUGUUUAUACCACAUGCAUUGGCACAAAAGAGCCGCGAAGUGUCGUAUUCGACGCGGGCGAAGAGAUGACACACAAUGACGAGACGUGGUUGAAUCUCGAGUGCCGAUUUCUUGAUUAUAAUGGAGUCAAGUUCGGCGAGGCCGGUAUCUUUCUGCGAGUGGCCAAGUUCCGAGGAUCAAAGCCGAUCGAGAGCCUUGAGGCCUUCCCUCUCUGCCACCAUACAAGUCACGAGAAAGUCCGGAAAGAUUUGGUCGAGAGAGGUCAAAAGUUCCGGAAUUUGGCCGGCUCACAUGUUCGGCACUGCGAAGGCAGCGCAUUCUUUAUCAACAAGGGGAAGGCUAUCAAAGUCAACAUCAACAGUCGAGUGGCAGUGGACGCCGCAUUUUUCCAUGAAAUGCAGCCAAACUACUCCCGACCGUCACUCCGCGACAUUGGGGUCAAGGAUAAGGGUGGAAUUGCAGUCUUUGACAUUGGUGCAAUGCUCAUGGAGGGCCGUGAGCGAGAGAAGGAGAAAAUGCGAGGAGACAGUGUGGAUGCACAAAAGCUGAGCGAGGCCGAUUUACUGGUCGCCUGCCCAACAGUUUGCUGUUUCAGUUUCCAGGAGAAAAUGUUCUUGGAGUGCGCAGUUAGUGCUCUUAGGGACGUGGAUUGGUCACCUGAAUCGUUCGAUUGCCUGCAGAUAGCCUCCGAGACCAAGACACUCCUCUUGUCAUUGGCGAGAACCCGCCUAGGUCUGAUACCGACGGUACCGUUCGACGACGUGAUUGACGGUAAAGGUCAAGGGCUCAAUAUGUUGCUGAAUGGUCCGCCAGGCGUCGGGAAGACUUUCACCGUCGAGGCAACCUCGGAAUAUUUCAAACUCCCUCUCUACUCGAUAUCUGCAGGGGAGCUUGUUGUCGAUCAUGGGGACUCCCACGCACUAGAAUCACAACUUGAAAUCAUUUUCAAAAUCGCAAAGCAUUUCAACGCUAUUCUUCUUUUGGAUGAAGCCGACGCGUUCAUGGCAAGUCGUACCGAGCUCCAUGAUAGCCAUAAUCGUCUGGUCACUGCUUUUCUCCGCAAGCUAGAGUAUUACCGGGGACUGCUUUUCUUGACUUCGAACCGGGGUAUCCAGUUUGACGAUGCAAUUCUGAGCCGAAUCCAUUUGACCAUUGAGUAUGAAGAUUUGACAAAAGACUUCCGCAUAGGCCUCUGGAGAACCUUUUUGUUCAAGGCCCGAACACUCCAAGGUCCUGCCGUGAUUGAGGAGGAGGACAUCCAGCGAUUGGAAUCUUUGGCUCUCAAUGGACGAGAGAUCAAAAAUAUCGCAGCAGUUGCACACGCUCUCGCUGAGGCAGAUACAACGCAAGUCAGCUAUAAAUACUUGGAAUUAGCCGCGAAAUCGAACAAGAAAUUUUCUAAGGAGUUUGGCAGGCAGGGUCCUGUUGACGGAAUGUAUAUCUAA